AUGUAAAAUAGAGCUCUUGCAGCAGCAAGUCCAAUAAAUUAUUCAAAAUCAAAUUGUGAAACCUUUUGCUAUGAGAAGAAAGACACAAAAACUAAUAGAGCGACAAGUUUGGGCUACGGCAGGAGAUUUGAGGGUUUAAUUCUUAAAACAUCUGCACCUUCACCCUAGCUAUAUUAAAUGCAAUCUGAAUUCACAAACUAGCCAAAGUCAAGAGCAAUAUCAUUCGGAAUCUCGAGAGAUUUCUUCAAUAAAGUAUACUUAAAGGAAAACCCACCGAGAGAUAUCAACUUUCCAGGACCAGGCCAUUAUAGACCAGAUACUAGUCCAACGCAGAAAAGUGCUCAGAAAUUCUCAAUGAGGCCAAAAACUGCAAAUGAUAGCUCUUUUAGGAACUAUUCAAAAGGUUUCCCUGGUCCAGGAACAUAUGAAAUCAAUAAAGCGAGUGAUAGUAAAAAUGGUUUUGUGUAUUAAUCUAAAUACAAGAGUCCCACUGGUACCGUUAUUUCCAAAUCAGGUAAAAGAUUUGACACCUCAAGACAAAGACACUCAAUGGACAUCCCAGGCCCAGGAGUUUAUAAUCCUAAAUUAGACUUGAACAAAAGCGGCUAAUACUCGUAUUAUAAAUUCAAAAAUAGUGGCGCCCCAUUAUUUGGCAAGGCUCGACGCCAUGUCAACUUAGAUAAUUCAAUAACAAGGAAAAUCACUCCUGGACCCGGUACAUACAGAAUACAAAGUGAGUUUGGCUAUUAUGAUCCCACUGACACUGCAGCAAACUAAAGCUUCAAUAAAAGCGUAAAUAAUGGUAGGACUUCUUCAAGAAGAAGUAACUAUAACUGA